AUGGCGCCACCUGUAAUUCGUGAAAGCGAUGAUGAGGAUGGUUAUUCUGAAAGAGAGACUUCAUCUGUUAGAUUAGGUAAUGGUCGAGCAGCAAGGAAAGCAAAUAAUGUAAGCAAAAAGAAAGCUGAUCAUUCUGAUGAAUUGUCUGACAUGACUGAUAGAGAAGAAGAGGUCGAUGAUGAAGAGGAUGAGGAUGAAGAAGAGGAUGAAGAACGAGAUCGUACAAGUGAUUUAGAAGAUGCUCGAGAUGAUACCCCAUUGAAAAGCCAACCUGAUGAAGAUGAAGACGACGAAGAUGAUGACGAAGAUGAGGAGGAAGAUGACGAAGAAGAUGAAGAAGACGAGGAGGAAGAAGAAGAUGUGCCUAGCGUGAGUGAUGAGGAAGACAAUUAUAAAUUGGAGGAUCCUGAUGAAAUCGAUGAGGAUUUAGAGUUAAAGGAAGACGAGGAUGAAGAAUACGAAGAUGAAGAGCAAAGGUCUUCAUCCAAAAGAGUUGCUGCUGUUAGAGGAACUAACAAAGAAAAAACGGUAGCAACAAAACUGGCACCUACUGCUUCUAGACGAGAAACAAGAAAACGACAGCUACCUACAUAUAGGGAUGAAGAUACUGAGUCAGAUAGCCCUAGGGGCCGACCUGGUCGUAAAGCACAUCGAGUUCUUGAAGCACAACAAGGACCACUGGACUUAGAUGAAGACCUUAUCUUGACUGAUGAAGAGCUGGAAUAUAAUCCUCAGGCUAACCCAGACCCAUCGAAAAUGACUGAGCGCCAGCGGUCUCGUUUUUUGGAGGAUAUUGGACAGGGAGACGAGUUGCAGUCUCUUGAGAAGGUUUCCCAAUCCAUGAAGAAGGGUAGGCCCAAGAAAACUGAGACGGAAGAGCAAGUAGCUCUUCGAAAAGCUGAAAAUGCAAGGAGAAGACACGAUCAUAAGCUCAAGCAAUUGGAAGAGGAGAAAAGAGACACUUUGAACAAAUUGUUAAAGCGGAGGGCAUCCAAGACCAGGGAGCUGGAUAGUAAAGAAGGAAGUGUAGACAUUUCCAAGCACCCAUUAAAGCCAAGGAGGCCAGAAAUUGAACAUCCUGCCUUGUUUCGCUAUGUUAAUAAUACUACUAAUUUGAAAGGUAACUCUGUAUUAGCGUUUUAUAGUAAGUAG